AUGCCGAUCAAAUCACGAUGGUCGGAACCUAUUCCGAACUGUUCUCUGCAGACAUGGAUAUUCGGGUCCUCCUUCGACCCCCUCUCCAACCGCAAGGCUUUCUAUGACGCCGACAGACCAGACACCCAUUACCUGACCUUCUCCGACUACCGCCUCAUGGCCAAGCAGAUCGCUAUCGGCCUCCAGACUGCGGGUCUCAAGCCCGGCGACCGCGUCCUGCUCUUUUCGGGCAACAACCUCUUCUUCCCUGUCAUCUUUCUCGGGGUGCUGAUGGCCGGCGGCAUCUUCACCGGUGCUAACCCGGGCUAUGUUACCCGCGAGGUUGCGUAUCAGCUCACGGACAGCGGGGCGAAGUUCAUGCUCACUGCCGAUGGUAACUUUGACAUUGCGAUGGAAGCCGCGAAGCAAGUCUCCAUGCCUGCGAGCAACGUCUUCGUUCUCGACACCACGAUCCCUGGCUCGAGCAACCCCGAGAGCCUCGCGCGGGGUGGUGCCCGCCACUGGACCGAGCUGGUCGCCCCUAGGGUGCAGGCCGAGAAGUUCGAUUGGGUUGAGCCCUCCGACUCCCAGAUGACGACGUGCUGUCUCAACUACAGCUCUGGCACAACUGGCGUGCCCAAGGGCGUCGAGAUAUCUCACUAUAGCUACGUCGCAAACGGGACUGGCGUCGUCAAGGUGUCAGCUCUGGAAAAGGACUAUGAAGCCUUCGUAGCUCGCUCCGUCGGUCUCUGCUUCCUGCCUCUCUACCACGCCUAUGCUCAGACGUACUUCGUCGCAAAUUUUGCCAAGCAGGGCAUCCCAGUCUACAUCAUGCCGAACUUCGAUUUCGUCAAAAUGCUCACUUACAUUCAGCGCUACCGCAUCACGCAUCUCGUUACCGUCCCGCCCAUCCUGGUCGCUUUAGCCAAAAACCCCGCUACCGUAAAGUUCGAUCUCAGUAGCCUCGAGGUCGUCGGCUCCGGCGCCGCGCCUCUCGCCGCCGACGUCGCUCGUCAGACGGAACGAGUCCUCAAAAGGGACGAUCUUAUCGUUCGCCAGGGCUGGGGCAUGACCGAGGUCACCUGCUCUGCCUUGACUUGGGAUACGGCGCGACUUGUGCGCAGCGCCUCCGUUGGCGAGCUCAUGCCCAACUACCAGGCCAAGCUCGUCGGCGUGGACGGUCAAGAGAUUACCGAGGCAAAGGUGUCUGGCGAGCUCUGGGUCACGGGCCCGACUGUCAUGCGUGGCUACUGGGGCAAACCCAAGGCGACCGAGGAGACCAUCAUCGCGGACGCCGAGGGCAACCGCUGGCUGCGCACCGGUGACGUCGCAUACGUCGACCAGUACGCGACGGGCGGUCUCUUCUUUAUCGUCGAUCGUAUGAAGGAGCUUAUCAAGGUCAAGGGAAACCAGGUUGCCCCUGCCGAACUUGAGGCACUUCUCCUCGAGCGGUCGGACGUUGCCGACGUCGCCGUCAUCGGCGUUACAAUUAGCGGAGAGGAGUUCCCCCGGGCCUACAUUGUACGGUCGCCUGGGACUAAUUCCACUGGCGAGGAGAUCGCCAAGUGGUUGGAGGAACGAGUUUCUAAGCACAAACGCCUCAGGGGCGGUGUUGCGUUUACAGAUGCCAUCCCCAAGAACCCUUCCGGCAAGAUCCUGCGAAAUAUCCUCAGAGAAAAGGCCAAGAAGGAAGUUGGCGAUCCAGUUUCGAAGCUGUAG